AUGGCGGCUAAAAGUGGAGCAAGACGAAAGUUGGCUCUUGUAAUUGGUAUUGGUAAAUAUGAACACUGUGACGAAUUACAAAAUCCAGAAAAUGAUGCGAUUGAUAUGUCAUCGACUCUGGAGAGUAUUGGUUUCACUGUUGAAAAGAGACUACAUUUAAAACGUGUUGAUAUGAGACAUGCUAUUAUUGAUUUCGAAGAAUCAAUAAAGCCUGACGACAUGGUGCUGUUUUAUUUUGCUGGACAUGGGAUACAAUGGGAAGAUCAAAAUUAUUUGAUACCAUCAGACACUCCAACUUUGAGUGGUGCGGAUUUAAAUACGAGCGCUAUUAAUGCGCAAGAUAUUCUUAACAAUUUAAGUAAUCGCAAGCCAUAUGUAACAAUAUUUCUCUUAGAUUGCUGCAGAAAAUAUCAUUUACGUAAUCCUACAGUAGAUGCACGCGGUACAGAUUUAAAUAAUCAAAAAGCAGUAGGUCUCAAAGCCAUGCACAAGGCUGGGUCAUUAAUAGCGUUUGCUUGUGCACCUGGAACUAUAGCCAUUGAAGGACAAGGACAAAGAAACGGCUUAUUCACAAAGCAUCUUUUGGAAAAUAUUAAAAAAAAGAAAGAAGACAUCCAAAUGAUAUUACGUGACGUUACCAAAGGAGUAAUAAACGAGUCGAACUCAAAACAAAUGCCAUUCGUGAGUGCUUCUCUAUCAGAGAGGGAUAUAUAUUUAUGCAGUGGCAGCCUCAAUCAACCACGUAAAUUCGGUAAAUACGCUAGUGACUUCUACUGUUGUUGUUUACUAGAAAUUCAAAUAUUACCAUAA